CAUCGCACAACGGCGCGCGGUAUGGCGCCGUUCCCAAGCAGUAUGUGAUUCGACAUCCGCCCAACCGCGAGUAGACCCAAUGUUUCCUCUAGUGCUCUCGGGAUGUUAAGUGGUGAUCUGAAUCGACAUUAAACAUCAAUAAACUCAACGCAUGGUACGCUUGAAUUGAGGAGAUCUUCAGGAGAGGGACGUCAUGUAGAAUGGAGUCCUCCACUGACGCCAAUCCGCUUCACACGAUGCCUCUCUGGUUAACAACUGAGCAACCAGACACAGACAAGAAUGGCUACUUCAACUGGACUCAGCACGCCAACAACAGCAAUGAUCAGACGAUAAGGAUAAUGUAUAAAUACACUGUCCCAGCACUUCUCAUAUUCUGCAUUAUCUCAUUAGCAAUUAACGUCCGGAUUUUAAUCUCCAUCUACUGGAUCCGUCGCCCACUGUCACCGACAUUGCACAUCAGCCUGAGUCUAGCUGGGGCAGACGCCUAUACGUCUCUCAUACUGGCCACAGGACUGGUGGUUAACAGCCUCCUGCCCGUUGGAUUAGGAAUCACGUUUCAUAAUGAAUGUUUUGCCCUGUUUCUCGAGACGCAGAGACUCGGAGGGGUGAUUGUUAUAGUGGCACAUCUCCUAGCGCUAGCAUGCAACCACUAUCUGGGGAUACUUCGGCCGCUACAUUACCUCUCUAUCAUGACCCAUCGAAAUACGACCAUAUGCAUCCUUCUGCUCUGGGUUCUACCCAUUACCUACUUUGUUGUUUAUUUUUCAUCUGUAGAUGGAGAAGGAUUUCAGUCACAGAACUGCACUACAAUUGACUUCAUGCUGCACCUCAAGUUCCGUGCAGUGUUCUCUGUCCUGUUCUUCGCACCCCUGCUGCUGAUGCUGAUCAUCUAUAUGCACAUCUUCUCGAUCGUCCGGCGUCACCAAGUGAACAGACUGAGGUUCAGCCAGAUCAACCACGGUUCCAGACAUCACAGCUCCAACGGUCACGGAUCCUCUGGUUCUAACAGUCAGCAGAUGACGAGAAGUGUAAAAGCCAUUCACACGACGCUCUUCAUCCUCGGAUCAUACAUCAUCGGGUGGAUGCCAGCAGUUCUAUCCUACCUGCUCUUCUGUGAAGACUGCCUGUUCCACUUCAACACUUUUAACAAGUCUGUCAUGUUCUUCAUCUACACCAUAGUCAAUCUUCUAGUCAUCUUCAAGACCUUACUCAACCCCAUCAUCUACGCAGCACGAAUGCACGAAAUCAAGAUGGCGAUACCGCGAAUGCACGCCACGUUGUGCCGGUGCUGCUGCUUGUUCCUGACUGAAGACUUGGAUAACAGUGAGCGGUCCCUGCACCGCCUGUCGCAAUACUACGCCUCCAGUAACAAUCUCCAGAGAAGUAACACUACCAUCUGCCGAAUGCACUCCUGUCCUGCCACGGCCAGUAACGGCAACACACAGGUACACGAACUGUUGCAGAGGAAGAGCAGUCGGGGACAUCAUCAUCAUUAUAAUCAUCGUAGGAGAAGAGAUGAUUCCAGCACUGACCUCUGAGAGAUACGUUAAUUUAUUUACACGUAACGUUUACACUAUUUUAUACGCUUGUUCAGACUUAUAUAUGGCAUUUGUAAUAUCUAGUUGACUGAUAACAUGUUCUUCCGUGGAUUAUACUUGUGAUUAUGUGUAUGAAGAAUAAUACUGUCGGUACCUCAAUAAGAGUCAUAUUAUUACAAAUAUGACACACUACUUCCCAAACUUCAACUUUCGGUUAUUAAAUAAAAAUAACUGCAUGUCUUAAUUGGUAACGUUAGAUCAAAAACUAAUAUGAACGUUGUUACCGACCAGUAUUCACCUGUACAUCAUUAAAUAAUAUGUACUUAAUUGUUCUUUGAUUCGUAAUUAUAAAGAACUGUGUGACAUUAUGUGCCUGUAAUUUCCUCAUAAGGUCUCGUGUUUGCUAAGAACUUUAAAUUCAUACAUGACGUGGAAAUAUGGUGAAGUUUACAAGAUUAUUAAAUCAGUAUAAAUUAUGGGGAGGGGGCAUAUUUAAUGAAAUCAGCCUUAUAUUUCAAUGUACAUUCUACAUGAAGUGAAAUAAAUCAAAUAUGGAUUAUACUUUAUAUUAAUAAAU